UCGCGCAAAAUUUUAUUCAAAGACAAAAAUUUGAAAAAUCAAUAAAAUAGGAGACUGUGCGAGAUUUUCAAUGAUUUUAUAUUUACCGAAAAGCAGAUGCAUAUGUACAUAACCUGUACGGUUGUUACAUAACUUCACGUGUUUUUAAAACUGUCAACUUAAAUCAAGUUUUAGGUUAGGUGCAAAUACAAAUAUAAAUAAUCGAUGGCUUUGUUAAGAUCUUUAAAUAAAUUAGUUAGAUUAAAUCCAAAAAUUGUCAAUUUAAAAUGUGUUAGAACGUUGUCUUCAGACGCUAGUGGAGAAAAACCGCCCGACUCAAAACUUGGAGGUUAUGCACAAGCAUUUGAAAAAUUUGAGACCCUAAAGACAGAAGAAAGUAAAGAACUUCCACAAACUUUUGCAUCCUUGCUUCGUAAUUCAAAAUUUGUUGACUUAGGUGACCCUGAAGGUAAAGUCGUAACUGGAAAAAUAUUUCAUGUGGUGGAUGACGACCUAUAUAUAGAUUUCGGUUGGAAAUUCCAUUGUGUUUGUCCACGACCAAAGAAAAAUGCUGGUGAAUAUGUGAGAGGCACCAGAGUGCGUUUACUCAUAAAACAGCUCGAAUUGUCGUCGAAAUUUUUAGGAUACGAGAAAGAUGUCACCUUGUUGGAGGCUGAUUGUGUAUUAUUGGGUCUAGUUCAGGAUAGGAGUAAAAAUAUCCAGUAACAUUUGUAAAUUUAUUUAUAAUAAAAUACAUCUUUACAUCAA